AUGACUGAAAAUUUUGUACAUUUUCUACACAUAAGGAUGGAAAAGGUAAUAUAUUGGGAAAAACAGGACCCAAAAACAAAAAUGUGCGCCCUUCAUUGCCUAAACUCGCUUCUACAGGGGCCGCUGGUUACAACGGAUGAACUCUGCGAGAUAUCAAUGUUGUUGGAUUCCGAGGAGAAUCGGUUACUUAACGGCAACUUUGGGUACAAUGGGAGAGUGCUAGGCUACGGAAACGUGUCGGACUCAGGAGACUUUAACCUCCCAGUACUCCAGAGUGCUUUGACGACAAGAAACAUAUCAUGUACACACUUUUCGCUAAGUCAACUGAGUCUGUCGAUGUUCCAAAACAACCACUCGAUUGGAUUCAUAUGUAACAUACAAUCACACUGGUUUUCAAUAAGAUACUUGCAUCAUAACUGGUACAUCCUGGACAGCCUUCGACAAGGACCAGUGCCAAUCGAACCAGGCCCACUGCACGACUACGUGAAGAAGAACCUGGAAACAGCAGCAGGAGUGAUACUGCUCGUGGUGCCGACAGGCACGAAGCUGCCGGAGCCGGACCCCUUCGCACACCCAACAGUGCAGCCAAACCAGUUCUACGUCAAGCUGUCGGAAAUAGAAGGAGGCAACGAGGGGGGAGGAUUCGGGAACAGCGGAGUGGUGCAAAACGGCCCAGACGCUAAAAGAAGAGACAGCAGCAAGGUGUGGCCAACCACCGGUGGAAUCAGGUUGGACCAAGUGGUAGAUCAGCCACUUCACGGGGAUCAGGAAUACACAGGAACUGACGCAGUAAAAAUCGCAAUAAAGCUGUUCAACAGUAGAAUCACGAGGAGCUUCGCACCAACCUCGAGCAUCAACGUAAGUUUGCGGUAA